AUGGCAAUGUGGGCCUCAAGAUCAAGAAGCAUUAGUCAUUCUCUCAAUUCAAAGAUCCACUUCUUGGAGUUCUUCAAGCAAAGACAGUUCAGUUCUCCCUCGCGUUCCAGUGCCUUGCCCAAAACCUCAAUCAGUGAAAACUGCGGAAACCCAUUGCCGGUCUUGGAAAAGAUAGGGGCCCUUUACGCCGUUCGACGUUUCGAGUCCACAAAUGCUGCAGAACAAGCUUCAGAAGUCAGGAAUAAGGAAAAACUCUUUCUGGAUGGAAGGAUGGAGUUCACUUCUAAGUUGAAAUUUAUUUCCGAGUUCCCUGCAGAGAAGGUACAUUGUUACCGUGUCCUUGAUAACAAUGGCUGUCCGCUUACAAGCAUGACAAUCCCGCAGGUGGCCAAGGACAUUGCAGUGAAGAUGUACAGAGAUAUGGUCACCCUUCAAUUAAUGGACAUGGUUUUUUAUGAAGCACAGAGGCAAGGAAGAAUUUCAUUUUAUGCUACCACAACUGCAGAAGAGGCUAUCAACAUUGCAUCAGCAGCUGCACUUACCACAGAUGACGUUGUCUUGCCACAGUACCGGGAGCCCGGAGUUCUACUAUCGCGUGGUUUCACUCUGCAAGAUUUUGCCAACCAGUGCUUUGGGAACAAGGCUGAUUACGGAAAAGGACGACAGAUGCCAGUCCAUUAUGGCUCUAGCAAAUACAACUACUUUACUGUUUCCAUGAUUAUUAGUACACAAAUUCCUCAGGCUGUGGGUGUUGCGUAUUCUCUUAAAAUGGAUAAGAAAACUGCAUGUGCCGUCACUUACUUUGGAGAUGGUGGCACCAGUGAGGGGGACUUCCAUGCUGGUUUAAACUUCGCAGCAGUUGUGGAUGCUCCUUUGAUCUUUAUAUGCCGCAACAAUGGGUGGGCAAUCAGUACACCUGCAUCGCAGCAAUUUCGAAGUGAUGGUGUUGCUGUCAAGGGUCAAGCUUAUGGAAUCCGAAGUCUUAAGGUGGAUGGAAAUGAUGCUCUGGCUGUUUAUGGUGCAGUUCGUGCAGCACGUGAAAUGGCAAUUAGUGAACAAAGACCCAUAUUAAUUGAGGCCAUGACAUAUCGAGUAGGACACCACUCUACAUCUGAUGAUUCCACCAAGUAUAGACCUGUUGAUGAAAUUGAAUACUGGAGAGAGGUGCAGAACCCUUUAAGCCGGUUUAGAAAAUGGAUGGAACGCAAUGGGUGGUGGAGCAGGAAAGAUGAAGCAGAGCUUCAGAGCAAAGUGAAGGAAGAGGUGUUUCAUGCAAUCCAAGUUGCAGAGAGAACAGAAAAAGCUCCACUCGCGGACCUGUUCACUGAUGUCUAUGACCAUCUGCCAUCAAACCUUCGAGAGCAAGAGAUGUUGCUUAGAGAAACCAUCAAGAGACAUCCACAGGACUAUCCUUCUGAUGUUCCUAUUUGACU